AUGGUCUUUGAAGUUUACCAAACAUUGCAAUUUUCAGGCGCUAGUGAAGUGGGAAAUUCUGGAGAAGAAGGGUUUUUUCCUCCCGUAGAUUUAAAUGAAAUAAAAAUCGAUUCUUCUGCAAUGAACACUGCUGCAAUACUUCCAUCACCGGUACUAUUAUGGAGAUUCAAGGUUAGAUCUUAAAUAAUUAUGCCGUUUAUUAAUUAAGAAAAAUCUGAGUACUUGUAGUUGCUUGUCCUUGAUAGGUAUUUUUUACAUUUUUCCUGACAUUUUUUUUCAUUGCUAUCCCAUGUAGGAACAAGAAUGGAAGUUCGUUACCCUUCAUUAAUUGUUUUCACUGAUGUUACUGUACCACAAUUAUUUUCAGGACGUUUACACUUUAGGCCGGUCAAUAGUGUGUUUAGUUUAGAUGCGGGUUCGAGUUUUUGAAUAACACGUGAAUGUGGUAGUUCAAGUUCUACUCUGACUAAGUUCUUCUCCUUGGGCUGGAAAGUCAUUUAUCGAGCUAAACCAGUUAUGAAAAGAAGCCGAUGAAAACAAAUAUGCGUUAUACUUUUUGGGUAACCUUCUCUACAAUAUCCAAAAGGCCCUUAAUAUCAAUUCCAUCCAUAUAAUGAUGCCAGAAAAUUUUGGAAGAAAACAUUGGAAAUAGAAGAAAAUUGGGAAAUACUCAAAUGCAUUCUAUUCGAGCCUUUGUUGUCAAUAUUCGAACCUGUGUUGUUAUUUUUUUAAGCCAAAGGGAGCUUUUGGUAGGUGUUUUGGCUCUUUUUUGUUUCGUUCCGAUUGGUCGAAAGGUCUGAUAGAAGAUUUUGUAACCAUUUAGCGACUCUUCUAUUAAAUUAUGAACAUAGUGAAAUUCCCAGAGUAGCUUUACUCUUUCUCCUUCCCUCAACAUUUCAUAUGGUUAACGCACUACAAAGCUUAUAUUACCAUAACCUGGGUUCUUAUCCGCGAUUUUUUUGACGAAAAGAACAAACUCUGAUUUGUUUAUCCGUGUGCAGUACUUUGAAUAUGUCUGGUACUACCAUCCAUAUAAAAUAGCUUUAGAAUUUUUUUACUAUUCAUCAAUUCUAUCUCUGCUCAUGCAUGGCUAAAUGCUAUUUGCUUUGCAGAUUUUUUUGUUUCUUUUCUGGGGCAUCACCGGCUGCCGGGUUAGUACAUCUUUUUGUACUGUUUAGUUCAUUGGAUUUGGAAACUGAGUCAGGGUUUUGGAAAAAAGCGACGAUAUAUGAUUGUUUGGCUUUGAAUUUGGCAGGUUGCCUGGGUUUCAGUCAUGAGAAUGAGCGCAGAUCUUAGAGAUUUGUUUAUCUAUGAGGCAUUCCUGUACUAUAACCCUCUUCUUCUUAUUGUGAGUUUCUUGUCACUUUAUUUCUAAUUUUUCGUCAAAUUUCAGAAAAAAACGACCUAAUUUGUUCCAUCUUCAAUGUUGUAGACGUUUAUGGUCUGGCUCUGGGGAGUAAAUCUUUGGGUCUUUGCACAAUCGUCUGUCAACUAUGCAAAAAUAUUUGAUCUUGAUCAUACUCACCUCACUCAUUUGGAAAUAUGGAAGGUAGGUUUUCCUCUCUCCAGAACCUACUACAAUUCAUGAAUGCGUCCUCUUAGUUUUUCUUUUCUACUUUUUUGCAUCAGUGAGUACUUUGUCCUUCAUUAUCUUAUACCAGAUUUUGCCCGGUCACUUGCUGCAAGUUAUUUUUUAAGGUGAUUAUUUUUUUCAAUUUGUACGACUAAACUUUCAUUAAUAUGAUUAAAUUAAUUUAGGUUUGCGAUAAUUAAUGAGGAAAAUAAUGGAUACUUGUUAAUCAAAAAAUGUAUUUGAAUCUUAAGUAACUGCGGACUUUCUUCUAGGUUCCACACCUUGUUACGUAGUCAUUAAUUUAGUAGGUCACCACUUUCACUGUGCUUAAUUGCCGUAACAACUCAAUCUAAAAGGAAAAUGUCACUAUUUUUAGAAUUUUGCUCCUAUGCAAUGAUUGAGUCACCAGCUUUCUGGCUCUUUUGUUCUCGUGGACAUAUCAAUUUUUGCGUAGAGUAUAAAUGAAUCUACUUGCUGAUGUGGGAGGAGAAAAAUUAGAAGGAUUAUUCUUGAAAACAUCAUAUUUAGUUUCUUUGAAUUUUGGGUUUCGUUUCUGGGAUUGUAAGCAGUGCUUUCCGAGUCUUUACCAAUUGGUUAAGGUUUACUGGGAGAAUGCUUUGUGGAACAUGAAAUAGUGUCUUGUGGAGCUAAUUUGGGAAUUUUAGUUGGUGAUUAUUCUUGAACUCAAACAUAUCAAUGGCAGGAGUUGUGGCACUUAUAGGUCAUCUGUGAUAAUGCCCUAGUUCUGGAAUUUCAAACAGACGAACUUCACAUCAACUCUUGGCAACUUUGAAGUAUGUUCUGGGGCUGGGUAGACCAGUUCUGUUUCUGUUCAGUUGCGAUGUGUAAAAUAAUAGGGAAUGUUGUAGAUUUCAUUUAGUUUGUUUUGCAAUGAUUGCGAGUCACAACCCAGUUCUUGUGGGACAAGCGCCUUCUCUAAUUUUUUACUCCGCCUAUUGCCUUAGGUACUACAUCACAUGUUAGGUCGUGUAACAUCUACCGUGAUAUUCGUGAAAAUCACUUCCUGAAUGAUUUGGGAUUCUGUAGAUUCUUUCUCUCCAAUUUGUACACCGAUGAAAUAAGGGUUAAGGGAGGUUUGAUGGAAUGUGGGCUUCAGGGAUGUGUAACCACCAAUAAUAUGUGUGGCAUGUGAUUCUUAGGAUGUAUUUGACUUCUUUCCCAAACCACUUUCAUUCUGUAGCCCUUUUGAGAGGUGAGAUAUGGAUGCUGUGGAUACCUCAAAUUCAUCUGCAUCAUUUCAUGUGACGAUGAGGUUCUUCAUAUGAUUUUGAAUACAUACAUACAUAUAUAUAUUAUAUUAUAUUUGAAAAUUUUAAAGUGCUGUCUCCGAAUCUUACAUUCUUUCUUGAGGUCAUUGUUUAAUUUAUGAUUUCAGGUUAACCUGAUUACUGCUUUUUAGUAAGUAUCUUAGAUCUGUUCAUAUGGAGCUGACAUUUUUGUGCGUCAUAUUUCAGUGUGCCACCUGGAUGACAAUUGUCGUUCCGACAAGUAUGACGGCUUACAUUUAUCUCUAUUCACACGGAGAAGUCUCAUUGGCUGCAUCUCAACCAGUGUAAUAUCCACCCACGUUUCAAUAUUAAUCUAUAUGGACCAAAAUGUAAAAAAGUGAUUUUAAUUUCUAAAAGCCGUCUAACGCUUCGAAAAUUCCAUUAAUGCUCAAAACCUUGUGGGCGUUCUAGUAUACGUAAUAGUUUAGUUGAUGCCAUUCAUUCCUUGUUUACUUUUCCAUUGAAGUGUAUUUCAGACCAAGGUUGUGUUUCUUAACCUAUGGGCGAUGUCCUUUCAAGCCCUGAAUAUUGUUACUUGCUUUGUUUUACGCGAUUAUUACAGUCAUGUCAUAUCGUGGUAACAUUGUCUGGCUUUUUGUUGGCGCCGAAUACAAGAUAGUAGGAGACUCAAGUAUUCAUUUAUGCAUACUUGCGCAUAUGCGUGCAAAAGCACUUGAACCUUAUCAAGUCCUGGAAAAUAUACACAAUAUGCUGACCAAAUUAAUUACUUAAUAAAAUUAAUGGUGACAUAGAGAACCAAAGUGAAUCACUUGGACGAUUCACAUGUUGGAUGCUGACAAACAGGUCCAAUACAGUUGCCUUAUACCGAAAAGAAAAAGAUAAAUGACUUGUUGGGAAUUAGAUUUUCAGUUUGAGAACAAAAGUGACAUUAGAGGAGGAUGGCGUCCUGGUUUCAGGAGAUGACUUUUCUGAUAUGAAUUUAGCAAUGAAUCUUAAGGCAGAAAUUUCAGUCCAUUCAGGCCCAACCAGGGUAGGGUAGAAAACAAAUAACUUUAAAUGGAAGUGUUGAUUAAAAACAUAAAAAAAUGCUGAUAGAAAGGUAAAGUUUUGUGGCAUGUUAGUUGGUCUGACCUAACAAGUCCAGAUCCUGCUGCUGCAUAAUUCUCGUAGCAGGCUGGGGGCGUAAAGUAAAAGAGUACUAUCGAACCCUAUCCAAACGCUGUUUUUCCAAAGUCCAAUGAAUAGAUUUUUAUAGCCUGCUAAGGUCAGAAAGCUAUUAUGGGAAUUUUCUUUACUAUACAUCCUCCCAUCUCGAACUAUGGAAUGGAAAAUGUUCGAAACAUCAUCUUAUUAACUGUAAAUAUGCACAACAAGUUUGAUUUUGCAAACUUUUUGGAUACAGAAUGAUAUCUUUUUUUAUGAAUUCAGGUCAUCCUAUAUGCCGCUGUUCUGAUGAUUCUCAUAUUCCCAUUUGAUAUCUUUCAUUUGUCAUCACGCUAUUACUUUAUAAGGACCCUUUGGCGUAUAGCACUUCCAUUGCAGGCAAGUUCGUCAGCCUCUGUGUAUUCGAAUCCUUCUAUUAUUCAAUGUAUUUUUUUUUUUAUCCUUUUAAGUUUGUCUCCUUGAAUUGUUAUAUCACUGACUAUAAUUAUUAUUACUUGUUUGGGUGGUGAAGACCUGGUGAAAAACUUUCUUACAUGUGAAAGCGGUCUUUCAUUGUUUAUAAUUUUUUUUUGAGAAUGAUGACUUCUCUCUAUUAUUUCUCAUGAUUUUUUUAAAACCCUAAUACUUUAGUUUGUCCAAUGACAUAAUUUAUGGUUUUAAUUUGCAGGCAAUUACUUUUUCUGAUUUUUUCUUGGCCGAUAUUCUUACUUCCAUGUCUAAGGUAUGUUGAACGAUGGCUUUCUUUAGGCAUAAACACACACACACAGACACUCGUACCUGUUUUUAUAUGUUAAAACAGGGAUGAGAGAUAUCUUUUCAAUAGUAGUCUUUUCUUCACCCAAGUGAUGGGAAUAAUCAAAAUACUCAAACGACCUUCACUGUCUCUGUAUCUGUCUUAUUUAUUUGCUUUGCAUCUGUGCUUAAUCUAGGAUUAAAUUUUUGGAUCCAAUACCGUCAAAAAAACUUUGGCCAUUUUAGUUUUUGAAACAAUAUGUGAUACCGAAACCGGCCUAUCAUUCCUUCAAGGUUUAGAAAGAGAGAGGCUUUCUUUCAUAUUCCCAUUUUCUCUCAUUUUUUACAAUCUUGUUGCAACUUUAAAGUAAUUAUGCCAGAGGACAUUAGUCGGAUUGACAUGAUAAUUAUACGAAAUUCCUGCCGUAUGAAUAAUUCCUGCUAAUAUCUGGCUAUUGAAAAUUUCGAAAUUAUGAAAUUGAUUCAUUUUAUCUGAUUUCUUUUGCAAUCUUGCCGCAACUUUAAAGUAAUUAUGCCAUGGGACAUUUUGACAUGAUAAUUGUAUGAACUUCCUGCGGUAUGAAUAAUUCCUGCUAAUGUCUGGUUAUUGAAAUUUCCGAAAUUAUGAAAUUAAUUCAUUUUCCUUUUUAACAUAAUUGAUAAACAUAGAUUGAGGACUAGGACGACGCCCCUCUUUAGACUUUGAUCCCCAGACUGCCAGGAGCUGUGUGUAUGCAGCAAGUCCGUAGAUGAUAAAGGGUUUGCUUGUUUGGCUCCUUUGGUUGGAUUUCUGAUCCCGUGCUUCAUCCAGCUCUCUAUUUUCCACUCCAUCUUGUUUCCUUUCAUUCGAUCAUAUGGAACCCUGGCCUACAAUCGUCACACGUUGUGUUGUUCUUCAUUGGGUCAACGAGAGAGCUAUGCUUGUUCUGUUCCUUUCCCUGGCUUGAUGAAACAGGUGAUGGAAUAUCCACAAUUUCGUUACAAAAUUUGUGAUUUUUCGCCUCAAUCUUGCAAAAACUUCUGAUGGCAUCGACCCAAUAGUUCCUUUUUUUGGUAUUAUUCAGUUGCGAUAUGGGAGAUUAUCUUCUGGUUGACCGUUGACAAUUAUGUCUGCCAGGUGCUAUCGGAUCUGGAGCGCUCAGUUUGUCGGAUGGUCAACAAGCAGGUCAGCCUUCCGUCGUAUGACUGGCGUCUUGUUCCGUUGAUAUCAUCAUAGAGAAUAUUCAUAUAGAAGAAAAAAAAAAAAUCCCUUCUCAAACAGCUGGUUUAGAUACCCCGUUUAUCCUCUGGUGUAGAAUGUCAUAAAAGCCCCUGGGAAUUCAUCGAUGAUAUCUUAUACCUGUUUGGGAUAGUUACUAUUGUUUUCCUCUAUCUCACCAUGGGGAAGCCGUUGACUUUAUGCUUUUCCAGGUGGCGACGAUCGCAUGGUUCGAAGCGGACUCCAUCUGUGGCAGUCAUGCCGUGGCAAUACCCUUGGUUCUUGUGUUACCCUAUUUAUUCCGUUUGUUCCAGUGCCUACGACAAUACAGAGACACAAAGGAGAAGACCUGCCUCUUCAAUGGUUGACUUUCUUGCCGGAGAACCCCACUGUCUUUGAUAGUUGACUUUCUCUAAUCACCGGGUUCAAUCCUCUGGGUACUUGACUUCCGGCCGCGCUGACUUUUGGUUUACUUUUCAGCUCUCAAGUAUUCGUCAGCGGUACCGGUGAUCGGCCUCUCCGCCCUCAAAUAUCACGUCUUCGCCGAGCGGUGGGCCAGUUUUUAUCGCCCGCUCUGGCUCCUCUCCAGCGUGGUCAACUCCCUCUACUCCUUUUACUGGGACAUCUCCCGGGACUGGGACCUGAGGUGCGCCGCCACCCCCCCUCCCUCUCACCUCUCCUCCAUCUUCAUAUGAAGAUUCAUUUUCAUAUCAUAUACUUGAUGACGGUAACUUAUAUGAAAACGUUUUAAUUUCUUGGGCAGCGUCUUCAGCCGGAUCUUCAAGUUCAAGAACCCUAAUCUGGUCUCCUCCGUCUUCUACGGCCGCGCAUGGGUACGUACGGUCAUCCUCUUCCCCUUCCCCUGGCCCUUUCUCUCCGGUCCUCUUCAGGCUGUGAGACUCGGAACCUGCAGAUCUUCUACUGGGUCAUUGGGAGCAACCUGGUUCUCCGCUGCACCUGGACCUACAAGCUCUCUGCUCACCUCCGCCACAACUACCUCACCGUCUUCACCAUCACGGCGCUGGAGAUUCUCCGGCGGUUCCAGUGGGUGUUCUUCAGGGUGGAGAACGAAUGGAACAAGAUGAACCUCAAGCCCAGCCUGCAGCUGGCCAUGGAGGAGAUCCCCAGCGAGGAAACCCGGCUGCGCGGCGCCUCAAACCACGACGUGUGA